GACCAUUUCAUACCUCAUUAUUAAUUCAACGAUUGUUUGAUAUGUAGUAACAAGAAUAGAACAAAAAUAAUGAUGGAACCUUAUUCCUGGGAAGGAGAGACAGUACAAAAGUCUCAAUCUUUUUGGCAUGCAACUGAUAAGAUAAUACCACAUUUUGUGUAUGUUUAAAUUUCUGUAUGGUAGCUUGAUUCUAAUGGUCUAAUAUUUAUAAUUUUCUCUACAGUUAUUUUGUUUGAAAAUGGUUUCGUUGGUUUUAGUGGCUGUAUUUCUCCUCUGGGGGGCAGUCUUUCAACCACACCAGGCUGGUGGAUUUAAAAUUACUCAUUCUGAUGCCUCUCUCAAUCAUCAAGAAAUCACAGAGACAGCCAUUAUCCGCAAAGCGGCAGAAGUGUGUCGUGACAAAGCCAAAGCCCAGGGCAAAGACUUUACACUACCUGUCAACAACAAACUAACUUCAACUACUGUUCAAAAAGCCUGCUCGAGUUCAAAUUCUGCUCUAUCAAAAUCAACCAAUUUUAAAUCGGCAAUUGUUACAAUUUACUUAAAUAAUAUAGCUGUGGACAGAAAAUUAUUCAGCGACCCACCUCAUUUUGAUAAUGAGAAAUUCAGUGAAGGACGGGACAUCAUCACUAAGGGCGUAGCCAGAGUGAAAGUCAAUCUGAAAGAGGGAAACUACUUGGCUGCAAGAAAGAACCUGGGGGCUGUGACACAUACUUUACAGGAUUUCUACAGUCACAGUAACUGGGUAGAGCUGGGAUACACUUUUUCUUUUAGUGCACUGAUCAAACCAGACCUUCCCCUCAACAACACAGCAGACCCCAAAGCAGCGACAUGCAAAAGCUGUGUUGAUGACAACUGCAGUGAUAACAUUCUACCUGAGAUCCUGCAGAAGAAGAUAAUAACUACUGGAUAUAGUAGCCUUUUAUCACCUGACAAACCUGCAGGCAAAUGUAGCCAUGGUGGCAUCUUUGAUCAAACUAGCAGAAAUGAUCCCACUGGAGGCAUCAAUAAGGAUGACCUCAAGUCAGCACAUGGCUUCCUUCACCCAAAAGCUGCAAACAUGGCCAUCAAUGCUACCAUGGAGCUACUGGAAGACAUUAGACAGGCUGCAGGAGAAACAGACUUUCUUCGGUUAAUAGGUCUCAGUCGUACCAUAAUGCUGGUUUUUGUGAUUGACAUCACAGGCAGUAUGUCUUAUGAAAUUGCUGAAAUCAAGAAAGUGUCCAUUAAUAUUAUAGACAGCAGGAAAGGAACAUCCGACGAACCUACAGAUUACAUGCUAAUAACAUUUGAUGACACAGGUGUCAAACUGACAAGUACUGGGAAUAUUGAUGAGUUCAAAGAGCUAAUCAAUUCUCUUUCAGUAUCUGGUGGAGGAGACUUCCCAGAGAUGUGCUUAUCAGGGCUAUUGGUGGCCUUAACAAGAGCUCCACCAUCAUCAGACAUUUUUGUUUUCACGGAUGCUUCAGCAAAGGACCCUGAAUUAAAAAACACUGUUGGAGCCAUGAUAGAAAGCACUGAAUCCACAGUCACUUUCUUGUUGACCAGCUUCAUCUCACCAGAAGUCUCAGACUCCCAGAGCUCCUCAUCGAGGCCGAUGACUCAAUCAGAACUACAGUUGUACAGAGACCUGGCCCAUGUCUCUGGUGGACAAACCUUAGAAGUCACAACAAACACGCUUUCUGAGGCCUCUACAGCCAUUACAGAUAUAUUUACGUCUGGCCAGGUCACAAUUCUUCAGAAGGCAAGAAGUGCAGGAAAUGCAGGAACAUUUUUUUUUCUGUUGGAUUCAUCUCUGUCCAAUGUGAUUGUGUACAUCAUUGGGGAUUCACUGGAUGUUAUCCUAUACAGCCCCACAGGUGGGUCUCAGUCAGGUUCAGUAAUAAAUGGCGGGCUUGGUAGCAUUCAGACUGUGGGAAAUCUAAAGAAAAUAACACUCAAGUCUGACUUCCAGACAGGGCAAUGGGGCAUCAGUGUUAACUCAACAAGCUCCUACACCCUGAAAGUCAUUGGUCAGAGUUCAGUGGACAUCCUCUUUCACUUUGUGAACAUAACUUUGGGAGGUCAUGGAGAAUCUUGGGGACAGAUUUUCACUCGCCCUUCUAUUGGUCAGAAUGCCACCUUGUUUCUCUCUGUGUCUGGAGGAGAAUCGGCCACAGUGACUGAUGUAAAACUAGUUGAUGCUUCGGGAUCUAGUGUUGUUAAUGGAAACGUUACAUCAGUGGGUGGUACAGACUACCUGGUUAGCCUAAACAGCAUGCCAGAAGGUUCAUUUGGCCUCCGACUUGAAGGGCUGUUGAAUAGUUCAUUGCCAUCUAGUCGAUUCCAAAGGCAAUCAUCCAUUCAUCACAAAGGAUCAAGAAUAACAGUCACGGUUGAAACACAAACCACUACAAUUCCUGGAGUUUCUUUAAGCUUUAACUUUACAGUGUCCACUAAUACUACAGCAGGGAACUACACUAUCCGAGCCAGGACAAGCAACGGCUUCACUGUGACUGUCCCCAGUUCCCUGAAUGUGUCGACAGGAGGAAGUGUUCAGGGGACAGGAACGCUGACCGUGCCUUCCAACACAGAGUUUGGGACUGAUGUUACACUCAUUGUUGAGGCAGAAGCUCCAGGGUCCACUGAUCUGAAUUAUGCCACAGUUCGAAUCACUGCCUCAGCUACAAGCAUAAAGUUCAGUGGCUUGCAGUCCUUCUCCAUGUUUCUGUCUCUCAUUGGCUUAUUUGUUUCUCUUUUGCUGUAAUGGAAAGUAACCGGCGACAUAUACUGCAUUAACAGUUUUAACCUCUCGACGCGCACUAGCUCGGGGGCGGGAUGACGUCAGUUUUUUUAACGCUGCUAACAAUAUCUAUAUAGCCUACUGUCUACAAACAUUAAUAAUAUUAACAUUACUUUACAUUGUUUAAAAGGUCUACGGGUUUAGCAUCAGUGUAUGGUUUCUGUUUUUGAGAUAGAUGCUCUAGCAUCAUAAAUGUAGUAUUUUGUGACAGAAGUCUAGAUGACAACAUGCAAAAUAUAAACGGGACUUCUUACCUUUGUGUUGAUAUAACAAUCGCGAAUCGAAUCCAGUCUGUCCAGUGUGAAUAACUCAUGAAAACCAUCUUAUAGAAUACAUCCAAUGACCAUUUUUGUCCACAAAUGCGUAUAAUCCUUGAAAUAUAGAUAUAUUGUCCAUAUUGUCCAUCAGAUUUCACAUGAAUGUCUUGUAAUAGAAUAUAAUAUACAAUCUGAGGACUAUUUACAUCGUAAAACAUGUAUAUUAGAUUACACUUGCGUUCAAAGCCGCGGUCAAACAUUGUUUCUAAAAGUAGGCUGGAGUUAAAUACAUAAUAUCCAAACAGCACUGUCAAAUAUCGUGACGUCAUCUGACUCGCUCGUUCCUCCAAUGACUUCAUGGAAAAUAUUGAUAGACAGAACGUGUAGCCAAUUAGAUAACGAAUCCAACGAUCUUUGUGUGACGUUUUAGUUCCUGGUCUGGAAAUUGCAUUUUAUAUGCUAACAUACUAACAUAAGGAUAAAUAAUAAGAAGAAUGAACGUGUAUGCAUGUAAACAAAAGACUUUUAUUUUGGGGCUGACUGGCAUUUAGAAAAGACACUAGUCUUACAAAAACCCUUGCAAGAACCAUCAUUGCAUUUCUAGGUUUCACACACAUUUGUUGCACAGUUAUUAAGAUUUUUAGUAUUAAAAAUAUGUUAUGCAAAAAUAAAUUAUUACAAUGUAUUUCAGCCUCUCUUACGUUUUUAAUGUUUAACUUAAAAAACAUUUGAAACCUAGAAAAUGAAGCUCAAAGUGUCUUAUUUCUAAUAAUAUUAUAGUUAUGCUUAUACUGUAAAUGGUUAGUAAAAACAACCCUUUUAGUGAAAGUAGGUCUUUUUAUGGUUUGGGCCAGAGUGGGGGUGCUUUUCAAGAGGUUAAAAUAGCUAGAUACUAUUGUACCAUUUUUUACAACUCUUCAAUUAUUAAUGAUAAGCCUUUCUUUUUUAAGAGAACUAAUGAAAUGAAAUGAUGUAAUUGCUCCUUGCAGCUAUUUUACUAGCACAUUAUUACUAUAACUACAUACCUGGUUUUUUUUUGUUUCUGUGAU